GGCCGGACGUGUUUUCAGUUCUUUAGUGAUGUAAUCUGUUAUGCUGUUUUAAGUUAUAAAUUGUGAGUUGCCGUUCAAUAAACGAUCAAUCUGGAAUCCUUGAGUCUUCUGAUUCAUCUACAACCACGUUAGAAACAUCUUCAUAAACUGUGACACAGUGUACCUUGUCAACAGUUGGUACGACAAAUAUUGCAGUAAUAGGAACGUGGAAAGACAAGUUGCAGUAUGCAUGUGAAAUUUACUUCAACAACAAAUUUUGAGAUUUAAAUAAGUGAGAGUCGAACUCAAGGUUUCGAUUUUUUGAAAUAAUGGAGAAUCAAAUAUUUGAAUCCCACCAUCCUAAUAUGGACAUGGAUUUCAUAACCUUGAAUACAGGAUAUAAGAUGCCGGCAAUGGCACUUGGAACGUGGAAAGAUGAAGAUCUUAGGAGUUUGAUUCGAACAGCUAUUGGAAUAGGAUAUCGGCACAUAGACUGUGCGUGGUUUUACAGAAACGAAAAUGUGAUCGGAGAUACUCUGCAAGAUGUGUACAAUGAAGGAAAAGUAAAAAGAGAAAAUAUGUAUCUGACUAGCAAGCUCUGGUGCCAAUUCAACCACCCAAAUGAUGUCAGAGAAGGAUUUAUGCAAAGCUUGAACAACUUGCAAACUGAUUAUUUGGAUGCAUUUUUAAUGCAUAUUCCCUGUGCAAUGCCGAAAACAAACGAUUUAACACCAGUCGAUGAAGACGGAAAUUAUCGUCACAAUAACGAAAUUCAUUAUGUUGAUACGUGGAAGGAGAUGGAAAAGUUGCAGAAAGAUGGUUUAGUCAGAAGCAUCGGAGUUUCAAAUUUUAACAAGUACCAGAUUAACCGAAUAUUAAAAGAAUGCUCGAUUAAACCGGCUGUUCACUUGACUGAAUCACAUCCUUACUUGACUGAUAGAAAUAUGGUGAAGUUCUGCAAAGAUAACGGGAUCGCUGUUAUGGCAUUUGGAGUUCUUGGAUCAAAGAGAAGGAAAAAGCCUACAAUACAUGAUCCAAUCCUUCGACAAGAUCGGGUGUUGAAAUCAAUUGCAGAAAAACGAGAGAAAAACAUUGCGCAGAUAGCGAUUCGAUUUCAAAUACAAAGAGGAAUAGGGGCGGUUAUAAACAGCUCACAUGAAUCCCGGUUAAAAAGUAAUUUCCAAGUUUAUGACUUCGAACUAAGUGAUGAAGAAAUGGAAUUGAUCUAUGAUUUGAACAAAGAUUGGAGAGCUUUUGACUUAAAAUGGUUUCUUGAAGGUCAUAAAUAUUGGCCACAUAAACCAAAUUAUUCUGAAGAUGACUCAAGACAAGAUGAAUGAACAUGAGAUUGUAAGGUCGACCAAAGAAAAAGCAACAUUCCAUCAUAUGAAACCGUGCUUUUAUUUUAAAUGAAAUAUUAUUGGUGUUUUGUACUUUGUAUAUUUAAUGAAACAUAUUUGCUUUGCAUUAUAACAAUUCUUAGCGGUGUCUCGAAAAUGUCGUGUUCCACUUGACCCACGUGUCCCUCUCAUCCAACGUUUACCGUGGGACAAGUGGGACACGUUGGACAAGGCAUUUUUGAGUCACCUCAAUUCUUUGUACACUGAGAAAUAAUCUAAGGGUGGAAUGAUGUAAGUCGCGGGUUAGUUUGAAAACUUUCAAAUAUUUAUAUUACUUGAACGAUUUUUUCUUCAAAUUUUUUUUUUUUAAUUUUAGCUACGGACGGAUUAAUUUAGCUACGGACAUAAUAAUAAAAUAUUCAAAUAUUACAUCGCAAUCUCAUAAAAAUAAUUCUUGAAAAUUAAAAUCAAAACCAAAAUGUUUAUCGAACCACUUUCAUGACAUGUCUUUAUUGUCACAUUAAGCCCGCAACUAAUAAGCAAACGUAGAUGAAAUUAUUAGUUCCUUUUGGACUACUCUAUUCAUAGAAAAGGAAUGGUGUGUGGAAAGUAAAUGUGACACUAUAUAUAUAUAUAUAUAGGUAUAGUCACUAAAUUAUACUAAUUAUCAGAACCACUAUGACGCAAUAGUUAAAUUUUUAUUGGUGACGAUAAUUUGAAACCGCGUAAUAUUUGUCACCGUACGCUCUUGACGUAACUUUGACGCUCAUAAGUUAUAACGUGAGAAACUUAUGCUGUGACUGUGACAACUACGACGUUGUCAAUACGUCAGUCAUAAAAUUAAAUACAAAUCAUGAAAGGUAAUUCCAGCAAAAUUCGAAUGAUUCAAAAUCAUUUUGUUUUCAAUAAAAUAAACUUUAUAAUGUGAAACUAAUGCAAUUGUAAAACAAAUCUAUACAAUUACCACGAAUAUAUUUAUUGAGUUCUUGUUUUCACCACUAUUCAUAAAACAUUUGGACAAUUAAGGCACACACUCCAAAUUCAAACUGCAUUUUGAAAUAUGGAGCCAUCUAAGUAUAUCUUGUAACUUACAUCAAGUUAAGCUUGUUUCAUUAAUAUUGAUAAAUCAAUUCAAGCAAUGUAUAAACUUUUUAAUUAUAGAUUUCCAAUGAACGGAUAAUAGAGCAACGAGCAAAUAAAUGAUUGAUUUACAUCAAAUCAGCAUUGAUACGUAAAACAAAAAUGUCACAAAUGAUUUAGGAUACGUUGAUUAACGUUCGGUGAAUUAAAACAAAAUAAAAAGGGAUAAUAUUUUGGAAAUGUGAUUGUGACAUUUAGCGUUUACCUUAUAAGGUAUAUUUUAAUAUGGUAGAAGUUUAUAUAGCGCAGAACGAUUUUGUUGUUUUGAAAAAAA